AUGCUUACUGCAGAUCCUGGCAGGAUUCAUGAUAUCACCUUCACUCAUGCUGAUGUAGAUGAGAUCUGUCAUAGAGCUGUCUCUACUACAGAUCUCAGUGAACUCUACUGCAAGCCCUACAAUCUGCCUGAUUCCCUGAUUCCUGCGCUGCCUUCAUAUGAAUCGAUGGGUCUUCCUGCUUCCUGCACAUUCAGACCCAUGACACCUGGCAGAUUUCGACUGACCGCCUUGAACACUCUGUUCAGAGGCUAUGUGGCACAUCCAAAGAACUUGCUAGGAGUACUAUAUGAUGCAGUCUCCCAUAUCAGCACAAGUGUUUGUAGUGCUGCUUGUUGCUUGAUGGUAUCUGAUGGUAUCUGGACCACAAUAAGGUUAUCGCCUGCAGAUGAGAGAGGUACUGGACUGCAGGUGUUGAAGAACACUGCCUACAGUGAGAGGCAGGACCACAAGUGUUGA